GCGGCCGCACGCGAUGGUCAUGUAUCCAUAGUCGAGCGUCUCCUUCAAAAAGGAGUAGACCCCGACUAUAGAGAUGAACCCUGGGGUCGGUCUCCGAUUUCCCAAGCGGCAGAAUAUGGCCAUCCGGCUGUCAUUGAACUCUUGGUAAAGAACGGCGUUGAUCCCAACAUGAAGGAUGUCAAUGGCUAUGCCGAUUCCCAACGUAGUGCCGGGCAAACUCCACUUAUGUGGGCAGCAAGAUGUGAUGCAACAGAUGCCUGUCGCGUGUUAUUGGAAAACGGGGCGGACCCGUGUCUAUCAAGCGAUUACGGACACACAGCACUGUGGUGGGCAACAUCUAGGGAUCCAGGACCGGCCAAGCUCAUCCUAGAGUAUGGGGCUGAUCCGAAUGAAUUUGAUAUGAAUGGCCGGCACCCCCUUUCUCUUUCAGCAGAGUGGAAUAAGAAUCCAGUGGUUUGUCACCUGUUGGAUCACCCAGAAAUCGAUGUGAACUUGCAGGAAAGAAACACUGGCAGAACAGCCUUAUGGCGGGCAGCAGCCAAAGGCCAUACCGCGGUCGUUGAGAGUCUUGUCAAAAAAGGUGCCAAUGUCCACAUACAGGACAACGAUGGUCUAAGUGCCCUAAAAAUGGCGGCUGAUAGA